GUCAAAUAUGUGAGUUGAGCCAAAAGUAUCACACUACGGUUAAUCAAAUUUCAAAUGGUCUGCAACCAACCAGAAACCUUAAAACCAAGUACCUUCUUAAUUCAAGAUUGAUUAAAAGGGCUGUUGAACAUCAUGAAGCCGGUCUAUUAAGUGUAUGGCAAUUUCUAGUGAAAUGUUCGCAUUCCUGUGCUGGCUAUGAAAGAAGGCAAAGACAUUGGGCACUAGGUAUUGAACAUGAUCAUGAGUCAAAUGAUGAUGUUUUGGAAGAUGACUUUAUUGAACCAGGUCAAGAACUCAGACCAGAAGUACCACAAAAUGCACCAGAAGUAGUACACAAUCCAAGAAAUUGUAUGGUUUGUUUAACUACUUCUCCUGGCGAAAAUGUAGCUCAGCAUAUAGUGUUGCCUUGUGGUCACGGCUGGGUGUGCGAAACAUGCGUUUCAGUGUUGGAUGAUCAAUAUCCAAGAACAUGUCCAGUCUGUCGAGGAGAUGUACAUCGUUUCCAAAGAAUGUUUCUAUCAUAA